UGGACAAAUCAAAAUCCAAAUGUUCAACCAGGAACUUUACUUAUUCAAUUACAAAAUCAAAUGCAAUAUAUUUGUUCGGGAGGAAAAAAAUCGUUUCGUGUUGAUUAUCUUAUUCAGAGUCUCUCUCCAAAUAUUAAUGUGAAUAAUUUAAUUCCACCACCAAAUUCAGCAUUUGAUCAACUCUAUGGAAGAUAUGUUAAUACAAGUCAUUGUAUACCUUAUCAAGCAUAUUGGAUAUAUUUAAUUGAACCACGUCCAUCAAAUGAUGCAAUCCGUAUUGCGCUAGAAAAUGCAUGGCGUCAAUCAAAUAAUAAUUUAUUAAUUAAUGUUUCACCACAAUUCUAUUCGGAUUCAACAUAUUUAACUAAUAAUAAUCAAACAUUAACACGUUUAACAUAUACAAUUAACCUAAAUGGUUCAGAUUUACCUUCAUUAGCUGUUACACAACCAUUAACAAAUUCAAUUUUAUUAUCAAAUUUAUAUACAAAUAUUCCAUAUAAAAGAUUUUCUAUUUAUAUUGAUGGAAACGCAAUAAAUUUAACAAGUUCAACAACAUUGGCAAUGUUGAAUCAAGCAUUACGAACAAGUUGGUCAUUGGCUAAUAGUAAUCUUUUUUCAGCAACUGACGUUUUAAUCCCAUCAAUUAAUCCUCUUCUAUUAACUACUGGACAAAGUAGAAUUGAUUAUAUGAUUGGUUUACGUUCUGGUGAUAUUGGUGAUUAUUCACAACCAUCAGAAAGACUUUAUACACAAAUAUUUAAUCAAACAGGUUUACAAACAUUAGUUUAUACACGUUAUAUACUAACAGGAAAUAAUCAAGCUAUAAUAAAUAAUGAUCAAAGAGCUAAUCUUCCAUUUUAUCAACGUUCGGGACCAUUUUAUGGCCUUGAUUGGUGGAUUAUUUUAAUUCUUGUUGUUGGCAUAUUAACUAUUUGGUUAAUUAUAUGUUUAAUUUGUUAUAUAUGUUGUCGAAGACGAUCAAUAAAUAUUUCUCAUCAUCAAAACUAUAAAACAACACUACCAACACCACCACCACCAACAACGAUAGUAACAACAAGACAAAUUGAUAUUCUUAGUCGAGAACAAAACUAUCAUCCAGUAUCUUUAUCUUCAUUAACAUUAGAUGAACAACAAAGAAUUUCUCCACCAGAAUUACAAGAACGUAAUCCAUCUGUAGUUGUACAAGAUAUUCAUCAUGUAUCGAAAAAUGAAUCAGUUUAUGCGACAGGUGCUGCACCGUAUCCAUCAUCAAGACGUUCUAUAUCAGUAAUUGAUUUACAAGAUCAACCAUCAACAAUAGAAUUUCGUCGACCACAUCGAACAUCAAGAUCAGUAUCACCAUCGAAUACUUUUCGAUAUAUUUUACCAUUUAAUUCUCAUCGAGAAGAAAAACAAAGAAAUCAUGAACAAACAUCACUGGGAAAUAGACAAGAUGUACCUAUAACUGUAACAAAAAGUCCUAUGUAUAGUGAUGAGUAUCUUUAA